AUGCCCAUCAAACUCCCCAAGCUCUCUGCGCGGCGGAAGUCGUCCGGGAACAUUCUGGAUGAGGUGGAAUCAGCACCCCAACCCUCCUUUCGCGUAUUCGAGCGUCCUGGUGGUCCCGUCCGGUCCAUGACUGACGGCGUCCCGCUGACCAAGCGCAUGAGCGAGGGGAACUUGGUCACCGUCAACUUGGACGACUCGGACAACAUUUUCGCCGAUCGUGCUCUAGACAAACAUCAUCGGUAUGACCGCUCCCGGCCCAUGGAUUACCUGCGGAAACGACUGACCCGUCGCCGUGACAGUGCCCAAACCUACGAGAGCUCCACGUCGACUCGGCUCAGCUCCUCGUCCACCCUCCCUUCCUCCACGGAGAUCCAUCCAGCGGAUGAUGUCCUCGCCUCCCCACAUUCGCGACACCAUGAUAUCCCCGUUCCACCGCAGUUGUCCGGCGCACUGAGGGCCGCCGGUCGGACAUUCUCGUUUGGGGGACGAUUCAGCAAGAGCUCGACAUCAUCGGUACAACCGCAACAGCAAGCAAUGCCGGAUACGUCGAACAGCCACCGUACUAUGACUAGCCGCACCGAUAACACUGCUACGCCACCGAAGCUACCAGACGCGAACUUCGAGUUCGGCGGGGAUGAUAAUGAUUUUCAUAAUAUGUUUGACACUUUGGGCAAACGGAUUAGUGCAGUAAUGCGGAAGCCGUCUCCUCAGCCAAUUAAUACAGAUCGAUCAACCGCUGUUGAGCCUGCACCUUACUCCUGGGCCAGUCAGUAUCCUGAGGAUGCCCCGGAUGCUGAGCAGAAUGAGAGCCUCCUGGCCAGGAAACCUUUACCAACCCCUCCCGCCUCUGAUGCUCCGACUGGAAUGCGACGAGCAUCGCCGUCUCCUGCUCAAAUGCUUGCCACGACUUCCCACCGAUCGCUCGACCGUCUGGCUCGACAGUCCGAUCAAGGAUUGCGCCGGAGUGGAGCAUACCCUGAACGACGUGAAUCAGACGAGCACAUUGAUGACGAAGAUGCGAAGUUAGUUCGGCAGUCUCUGCUGUGGACUAAGGAGAACGCCUUUUCUGCAGAUACUGAUGAAGCUCCGGUUGACAAGGGCAAGGGGAUAAGUCCCUCUGACCACUUGAGUCCGGAUGGCGAUACGAUGUUCGCGGAUCGUCGGUCGCCAGCACCAACCAAGUCCUUUGACUCGUCGAUCGAGGAUCAAGCACGACUGGCCGUGCAGUUCGCGGAAAGUCUGCCCCAAAGGACCUCCCCGGGCAACAAGGUGAUGACACCGUCUCAGUUUGAGCAUUAUCGUAAACAGCAGGAACUCCGUCGGUCCAGGAGUGACGCAUCCAAGAGCGACGAUGAGUCGGUCAAUGACGAAUAUGACGAAGAGGAUGAGGCAGAGAAGCAGCGAGAGGCGGAGCGCCAGCGCCGGAAGCAAGAGGCUCAUCUAUCUGUUUAUCGCCAGCAGAUGAUGAAGGUGACUGGUCAGAUGGCCGCUGAGCCAACACUGCGUCCGGAAAUGAGCGGGGCCCGCAGCAGCACUCCCAACCUCAUGCCUCCCCUGUUCAACCCGGUCGACAAGUCCAUCAGCGGAAAGAGCAGCGAGGAUGAUGACGAGGAGGUGCCGCUGGGUAUCUUGGCCGCGCACGGGUUCCCCAGCCGCAAUCGUCCACCCACCCGCUUGACCAGCGCCGGCUCUAAUCCGAAUCUCCGCGCUUCCAUGCAGCCAUCAUAUAUAUCAUCCGCUAGCUCAGUGACGGGUGCGGAACUGGAUAUGGGUAAACGAAACAGCACCUUGCCUGUCUUCGCUCGAAACCUGCCCCGGGAUCCCUACUUUGGCGCUGGUCUGGUCAACCCGUCCAACCGCGAGUCUCUGGCCAUGGGUGGAGGGUCGGUAUACGGGGGCUCGCAGUCUCCGAUGCCGCCGCCAGGAGGUCUUGUGGGCGUUAUUGCUAAUGAGGAACGUGCCCGCGCCACGAGACGUGGAAGUCCCAAUACACAAGCCAUGUACAAUAUGGGAGACGUUCCUCGGCCAUACUCGAUGUUGCCACAACCACCAAACAUGUCUACCAAUGAGCAGCAAGCCCAAAUCGAGUUAUCGCAACAAAUGCAACAGAUGAUGCAAAUGCAAAUGCAGUGGAUGCAACAGAUGAUGCAGAUGCAGGGCUACCAGGGCCCGCCAAUGCCUCUGCCACCGAUGAUGAUGAAGGGCGGCAUGCCCACCCCUCCAGCGUGGGGGGCGGGCCCCAUGCCAGGAGCACCCAUGGGCCCUCCCUCGAUGAUGGGAGGGAUGCCACCGCCUCCGUCAAUGAGCGGAGCCAACCCAAACAUGAGACCAAUGUCCGUCGCUCCCGGGUCAAUCGCUCCCGGGGCCUCGUCUCAGUUUGACCAGCGCACCCUCAGCAUGCUGGACCCCAAUAUCUCGGCUCGUCACACCGGGUCGCUAAUGCCACCUCAUUCCAACAACACCUUCCGCCCCAACACUGCCACCGGCGGCUAUGCCCCGUCGAUUGCCCCAUCAGAGCGCAGCAAUGCAGGAAUGGCCUCGCGGUACAGACCGGUAUCCGUCAUGCAGGGUGGCGGGUGGCAGGACGAAAACAAUCCCAGCAAGACCAUGACCAUGCCCUCGCAACAGUCUCGUCCGCAAAUCCCCAAAUCCACAUCGCUUGCUACAAUCACCAUUCGCCCCGUCUCGACAGAUCGUCUGUCUGCAACUGGCGGCAAAAAGGGGCACGGUGGAUCGGAUGAUGAUGACGAUGAUGAGGCCUGGGCGGAGAUGAUGAAGAAGCGCGAUAAGAAGAAGAGCUCCUGGAAGAUGAAGCGGGCUACCUCGUCUCUUGGGGAUCUGUUGAGCGCCGUGCAUUAG